GGCUAUUUAAGACUUCAUUAUUAUUGGGUAAUGAAUUUUACUCCUCAUAUUUAAGUUGAGCUGAUCCGACUACGAUGAUACACUACAAUUCCCUUCAACAUUUCAUAAAGCUUCUCCACUUUCUCAUCAUUACUAACCUAGUCUAGUAUUCUCACGACAUGGCUCACCAACCUGCAACAACUAAACUGCCAGAGGAAGAACCUCGAGUUGAAAUCAUCGAUCGCGAGGAGGAUAUAAUUGCUGGAUUUGACUGCGCCUGCAAUGCCUUUGGGAACCAGGUUCGCGAUACCCUUUGGAUGGCUAUGUAUCCCGGAUGGGACACUACCGAAGGUAGAGCUCGUGCCGCAGCAAAGCUGGUUGAGAAAUGGCGCAAUGUCACCUAUGAUAAUCAGGGAAAUGCAAAUACAAUUUUUCUCAAGGCUACUGUUUCUGACCAGGGACGACCAGUUGUAGCUGGCCUGGCAGUUUGGGACCAGUUAUCAAUAGUUGAUGGCUAUGGCGAACGGCCGUCUGAUGACCAACGUAUCUUGUCAGAUAUUAAGGCACUUUAUCCAGACGACGAAGCCGAGCAACGUUACCUUUUCCAGGUUUUGCGUUCGUUUGUAAAGCGCCGUGUCGAAGUUGUCAAAGAAAAGGAAACGUCGCAUCCACCGGCGGUGAUGCAUCUGCGUUCGUGUUCUGUCGAUCCAGCUUACCAACGAAGGGGAAUUGCAGUAAGAUUAGUCCAAUGGGGUCUCGACGAAGCACGACGUCGGGGUGGUUUAGAAGCUAUUACCGAAGCAUCGAGUAUGGGAAGACAUGUAUACUCCCGUCUAGGCUUUCAUGGGGAAGGGCCCGACAUGGAGUACGAAGUUGAUAGUGAAUUCCUCUCACGAGAAAGGCCACCCAACCUCUUUAUGCGCACUGGAAUCAGCCAAUAGUGGUAGGAUGCGUUCUAAAUUCCACCCUUGCCUUGGCUGAUAUUCCAAUUGCAAAAUCAGUGGCCUAGGGACUACUUCCAGGUACCGUAUAAGACAUAUUAACGAGAACGUGUAUAUAAGCUGAGCUUUUCCUUUACUUAUAAAGAAGCUUGCU